AGAGAGAGAGAGUUUGUCUAUCUCUGGGAAGAGAGAACAUCUCUGCUUCACAGUGAUUUGACUGAGGGAGAGGCAUCAGUUGGCUUCAGACCCAAGGGAGAGACCAGACCAGGUCACCCUGGUUAAGACUAAGUGAGCGUCACCCCUCCUUCUCCCACCUCUCUCUACCCGGGAAUGUCUAGGCGAAAGCAGCGGAAACCCCAACAGUUAAUCUCGGACUGCGAAGGUCCCAGCGCGUCUGACAACGGUGAUGCUAGCGAGGAGGACCACCCCCAAGUCUGUGCCAAGUGCUGCGCACAAUUCACUAACCCGACUGAAUUCCUCGCUCACCAGAAUGCAUGUUCUACUGAACCCCCUGUAAUGGUGAUCAUCGGAGGCCAGGAGAACCCCAACAACUCUUCUGAACCCCGGCCUGAGGGCCACAAUAGUCCCCAGGUCAUGGAGGUGGAGCACAGCAACCCCCCGGAUCCUGGGUCCUCUGUGCCCACCGAUCCCACCUGGGGGGCAGAGCGGAGAGGAGAGGAGUCUGCAGGGCAUUUCCUAGUCGCUGGCACAGGUACAGCAGCGGGGGGAGGAGGAGGCCUGAUCCUGGCCAGUCCCAAGCUGGGAGCAACCCCAUUACCUCCAGAGUCCACCCCUGCGCCGCCUCCUCCGCCUCCACCGCCCCCACCGCAGCCCCCAGGCGUGGGCAGUGGCCACUUGAAUAUCCCUCUGAUCCUGGAGGAGCUGCGAGUGCUGCAGCAGCGCCAGAUCCACCAGAUGCAGAUGACCGAGCAGAUCUGCAGGCAGGUACUCCUGCUCGGCUCCCUAGGCCAGACGGUGGGCGCCCCUGGCAGUCCCUCAGAGUUACCUGGGACAGGGACUGCCACCUCCACCAAGCCCCUGCUUCCACUCUUCAGCCCCAUCAAGCCUGUCCAAACUAGCAAGACACUGGCAUCUUCCUCCUCCACCUCCUCCUCCUCAGGGGCAGAAACGCCCAAACAGGCUUUCUUCCACCUUUACCAUCCGCUGGGGUCACAGCACCCUUUUUCUGCUGGAGGGGUUGGGCGAAGCCACAAACCCCCACCUGCCCCCUCCCCAGCCCUGCCAGGCAGCACAGAUCAGCUGAUUGCCUCGCCUCAUCUGGCAUUCCCAGGCACCACGGGAUUACUGGCAGCACAGUGUCUUGGGGCAGCCCGAGGCCUGGAGGCCACCGCCUCCCCAGGGCUCCUGAAGCCAAAGAACGGAAGUGGUGAGCUGGGCUACGGGGAAGUGAUGGGUCCCUUGGAGAAGCCUGGUGGACGGCACAAAUGCCGCUUUUGUGCCAAAGUAUUUGGCAGUGACAGUGCCCUGCAGAUCCACCUGCGCUCACACACAGGUGAGAGGCCCUAUAAGUGUAAUGUCUGUGGCAACCGCUUUACCACCCGGGGCAACCUCAAAGUGCAUUUUCACCGGCAUCGUGAGAAGUACCCGCACGUGCAGAUGAACCCUCACCCAGUGCCAGAGCACCUGGACUACGUCAUCACCAGCAGCGGCCUGCCCUACGGUAUGUCUGUGCCACCAGAGAAGGCCGAGGAGGAGGCAGCCAUGCCAGGUGGAGGUGUGGAACGCAAGCCUCUGGUGGCCUCUACCACAGCACUCAGUGCCACGGAGAGCCUGACGCUGCUCUCCACCGGAGCAGGCACAGCUGCGGCUCCUGCACUCCCUGCUUUCAAUAAGUUUGUGCUCAUGAAAGCGGUAGAGCCAAAGAGUAAAGCUGAUGAGAAUACUCCUCCAGGGACUGAGGCCUCCGCCAUUGCAGGGGUGACAGAAAGUGGCACAGCAACUCGCAUGCAGCUAAGUAAGUUGGUGACUUCACUUCCCAGCUGGGCACUGCUUACCAACCACUUUAAGUCCACGGGGAGCUUCCCCUUCCCCUAUGUGCUCGAGCCCUUGGGGGCCUCACCCUCUGAGACGUCGAAGCUGCAGCAGCUGGUAGAAAAGAUUGACCGACAGGGAGCCGUAGCAGUGGCCUCUACCGCCUCAGGAGCCGCCACCACCUCUGCCCCUGCAGCUUCAUCUUCAGCUUCAUCCGGACCUAACCAGUGCGUCAUCUGCCUCCGGGUGCUGAGCUGUCCUCGAGCACUGCGCCUGCAUUAUGGUCAACAUGGAGGUGAGAGGCCCUUCAAAUGCAAAGUGUGUGGCAGAGCUUUUUCCACCCGGGGCAAUCUGCGUGCACAUUUCGUGGGCCACAAGGCCAGUCCAGCUGCUCGGGCCCAGAAUUCCUGCCCCAUCUGCCAGAAGAAGUUCACCAAUGCAGUUUCUCUGCAGCAGCAUGUUCGGAUGCACCUGGGGGGCCAAAUCCCCAAUGGUAGCAACCCGCUCCCUGAAGGUGGGGGAGCUGCCCAAGAGAAUGGCUCUGAGCAAUCUACAGUCUCUGGGGCAGGGAGCUUCCCCCAGCAACCAUCUCAGCAGCCAUCCCCAGAAGAGGAGUUGUCUGAAGAGGAGGAAGAGGAUGAGGAAGAAGAGGAAGAUGUGACUGAUGAAGAUUCUCUGGCAGGAAGAGGCUCAGAGAGUGGAGGUGAGAAAGCAAUAUCAGUGCGAGGUGAUUCUGAAGAGGCAUCUGGAGCAGAGGAGGAAGUGGGGAUGGUGGUGGCAGCAGCCACAGCUGGGAAGGAGAUGGACAGCAGUGAGAAAGCAAUUCAACCUCCUUCGCUGCCACCGCCACCACCAUCAGACAGCCUGGAUCAAACACAGCCGAGGGAGCAGGGAGGCAGUGAGGUUGCAGAAGUCACCGAAGAGGCGGGCAAACCAGAGAGGAGCUCAAGCCCGAAGGCAGCACUCGCCCUCGAAGGGGAAGGCAGUAGCACCACGUUGGUGGAGGAGCUGAGCAUGCAGGAAAUGCUGAGAAAGGAGCCAGGAGAGAGCAGUAGCAGAAAGGCCUGUGAGGUGUGUGGCCAGACCUUUCCCACUCAGGCAGCCCUGGAGGAGCAUCAGAAGACCCACCCCAAGGAGGGGCCACUCCUCACUUGUAUUUUCUGCAGGCAGGGCUUUCUCGAGCGGGCUACCCUCAAGAAGCAUAUGCUGCUGGCUCACCACCAGGUACAGCCCUUUGCCCCUCAUGGCCCUCAGAAUAUUGCUGCUCUUUCCUUGGUCCCAGGCUGUUCUCCCUCCAUCACUUCCCCAGGGCUCUCCCCCUUCCCCAGAAAAGAUGACCCUACAAUCCCAUGAGCCUUUUUUUUUUUUUGUACCUGCUACCCUUUGACCUAGUUUG